AUGGCAUCAGCACACACAGACUCGAGUUCCGCCCACUCGGCGCCUCCUUCCCCGGCAACCACAAUGUCCGCCCAAACUGACAUUGUAAACCCCGCAGUCGACAACUCCCUUGACGACAUCUUCGGUUCCUCCCCAGAGCCAGAGAGACGAUCAGAGAUACGCGGCUCUGAAUCAACAAACGAACCCUCCGACCUCCCCUCUCUACGCCGGCAACAUGUCACAACUGGCUACCGUGACGGUGUCGCAACAUCUAAAGGCCAACACGUCCAAGAAGGCUUCGACGCCGGCUUUCCCGUUGGCGCACAGCUGGGUAUGCGGGCAGGCACAAUCCUCGGAAUUCUAGAGGGGAUUACGCGUGGACUGGAAGACCGCUCGGUCGUGAAGAAACAGGCGCGGGGUACGAAGGAAUCCAGCGAUGCGGGGAUAAAAGCGCGUCGUGCGACACGAGAACUGGUUCUCAAACUCUAUACGCAGGCCAUUGCGGCCCUGGACGUGCAGAGCGUGUUUACAGGCGAGGAGAACAAUGAAGCAGGGGAGAUGGCGGAGACAACACUAGGUCGGAAGGGGGACAAGGUAGUCUCAAAGUGGGAGGGCAGGGUUGCCGUGCCUAGAUGGGAGGAGAACAUGGAGACGCUGGAGAUGAAGGAGAAGUCUUCAAGCCAGGAGCAGGGCGCGGGGGAGCGCAGCUGA